AUGGUAAAGUAUACUCGAGACGGGCUUGACACUGGCAGAUAAUAUUGUCGGGAACAUUUUUAUUGUUAAAUUCUGAUUCAACCUACAAUAAACAAUGGCGUCAUUCGUCUCCAGUAAUUGUCUAUUCACGGGACUUCGGGUUACAUUCUAUCGAACGACAAGGGAGCAUUAUGGAAAAUACUUGAGAAAUCGCCAGGUUUUCACAAGGAGCUGUAAUAUGCAGCGAGAAACCACCACUAUGGAAACCGUAUACCAUCAGUUUCAAAGGUUUUUGAAAGAUAUCCUGAAGGCAAGUCCAGACAAAUACCCCAAGUCAUAUCAUCUGAAGCAGUUCGGUUGGAACGAUUUCAACAAAAUUGGAGCCAUUCACCCUCAUUACCAUGUAGGAUACAGUCUGCUGGCAGCAUUACAGCAUUCACCAGUCGCUGCAGAUGGCGAGCCAGACGAGAGCACCUCUUACUUUGGCCGCUGUUUCAGUCUAAACUUCCUACUUGCAUACCACUCUACCAAUUUCGUUUCCAGGCCAGUCAGAUACGAUUCCUACAUUGCCUAUCUAGGGAGGACAUCUACGUACAUCGGCAUUGAACUUCGAGAUGACGAGUCCAACCUGCUUUACAUGACAGGCCAAAUGCAAUGCAUGACGAUUGACCUGAAAGAAAAGAAGCUCGUACCGGUUAGUCUGGAAUCAAUCAAGAAGUAUGAGGGUAAGAUCACGCUGAAGGAGGCCCCAAAGAGGCAUCAGUUCAUACCCACGCAGUUUGCGAAAGAUAAUGUCUUCAAGUGGAAGACUGCAACUCAGUGGAGUGACGUGGACCACAAUGGGCAUGUUAAUCAAAUGCCGUACAUGCGUUUCAUCUACGAUGCAGGGAGUUCUGCAGCUGUGGCGGGGUUCCUCAAGUCCUUCCACCGAGAGCUGAUCCACUACAGAUUGAAGACCUACGCUGUGGAGUACAUUAAGGAGAUCCAUCAAGGACAAGAGCUUAAGAUUUUCUGUUGGGAGAUGAAGGAUAGUCCGGGUACAAUCCAUUUUGAAUUUCAUGUUGAAGGCCAUGUCGUCAGUAGGAGUCAUCUGAUAUUCGAUGUACAGCAUCUGGCGGAACUUUAGAAUCGAGAUGCCUUUUAUGAGACCCCUUGUCAAAAGACAGAGCAGCGUCUUUCACGCAGGAUUCCUGCAAACUUCUUUUCAUCCCUAAUCCAAAUUAGGACGUAAGACGGUGUGAAAGAAUCGUAAUGGAGUACGCAGAACGCACUUUGUUAAAGCGCCCCCAAUGACCAAGGCGGAUAAAGGGAAUGGACCAAGUCGUUGCCCGACUAGACAUCGCAACUAUAAUCAUUAAAGGACAAGUCCACUCCAACAAAAACUUUAUUUGAAUAAAAAGAGAAAAAUUCAACAAGCAUAACACUGAAAAUUUUAUCAAAAUCGGAUGUAAAAUAAGAAAGUUAUGACAUUUUAAAGUUUCGCUUCAUUUCACAAAACAGUUAUAUGCACAUCUCGGUCGGUAUGCAAAUGAGGGAACUGAUGACAUCACUCACUCACUAUUUCUUUUGUAUUUUAUUAUCUGAAAUAUGAAAUAUUUUGAUUUUCUCGUCAUUGUCAUGUGAAAUGAAGUUUCAUUCCUCCCUGAACACGUGGAAUUCCAUUAUUUUAACAUUUUGUGCUUCAGGCAAGGAGGUCCUAAUCGUCAAAUUUGUAAAAAUUGAAAUAUUGUAUAAUUCAAACAAUAAAAAACAAAAGAAAUAGUGAGUGAGUGAUGUCAUCGACUCUCUCAUUUGGAUGUAACUGGCUCGUUCAUAUAACUAUUUUGUUGAAAAUAAGCGAAACUUUGAAAUGUCAUAACUUUCUUAUUUUACAUCUGAUUUUGAUGAAAUUUUCAGCAUUCUGCUCGUCUGAUUUUUCUCUAUUGAUUCAAAUCAACAUUUUUCUGAGGUGGACUUGACCUUUAAUGUCAUCCUUAACACAUUAUUUUUUUCCAAAGUUGAUUACUCUGGACCUGCGUUUUGGAUUUUUUUUAGGCGAGCCUCCUCCGUUUUCAUGGUUUUGUUGCUUCAUUUGUUUCGCAGAUUAGUCAGAUUCGUUCUUGUUAAGCUUCUUGUUUAAGUUUAGUUUUUCUUGGUGGUGUCUUUCUCGACUUUAUUAAGGCAUGUUAUUUAAUUGGUUACUCCACUUAAUUACAUAAAAUAGAAUGUUAUGGUAUGCGAGGUUUAUCAUAGUCACACUCUUGGUUUGAAAGUUAUUCAAAAUUAAUCGGAUGGUAUCAUAUCAAACUGUAAUUUCAGGUGUUGUUAUCCUUCAUGUGGUGUACCUCAAUGAUCGAUUCUAGGUCCUUUUUAUUCAUCGUUUUUUUUUUAUUGUUCGAUUUUUUUUCAUCGAUAAUCUCCUUAUUUAUUUUGCGAAAAAGGAAAUUCAUAUUGGAACUGAAUUACUAAAUCAACCCGCCUUUAACAAUCAUUUGCAAAAUGGCCCCUUUUCGAAAGAGAAAACACAACACACAAUCUCGAUAGACAACCAUAUUUGCGGGAGAACUGAAUCAUUGUAUAGAAGAUAAUUUAACAAUGUGCCUAUAUUAUGUCGCCACAGUUGACUUGAAAAAUGAUGAAUAUAUAUGUAUAUUGUGUAUGCUAUGUAUAAUAAUGGCUAUAAUGGCUUUCCCGAGUCUAAUGUCUUUUUUUUUUAGCAAUAACUGCACCGGAACUGACCCUCUGAACUUGACCUUUGCUUUUGACCUUAUGGUAGCAUAUACAAGAGAGUACAUAGGUCAGACUGUGAUGAUUGUUGCGCGGUUUAUUGUUCACAGCGGAUAAUGGAUUUGUUUCCUAUAAAAAGACUUUGGACUCGGUGAUGAUGAAACAAUAAAGCUCUCAUACGG